AACCUCGACCACUCCCAAAACCCUAACGCCCACGCACUUUGCGUCUGUAAUUUUCCAUAUUUUUUGGGUUUUUCUGCAAAAUUUCUAGUCCAUAGAACUCUUAUUUCGCUUCCUCAUCCUUAUCUCUAAACUCCCCGUAAUUUUUUCUUUUUUUUUUUGUAUAAUUUGUUGUUGUCAUUUUGCUAUAAUAUAUCGUUGUCACCUCUAUCCUUUCGCCUCGUCUCCUCGACAAGUUCCCAUUUUUGGACGCUAUAAUCUGUGGGAGCUCGCGAAAUGGGGGGCUCUUGGAGGCGAUUUUGAGCCCUACGCUUCGUUUCCGAUCGAUUUGGGGCAAAAUUGAGCUAUUUUGGGGGUUAUUUGAGGUUGUUUGGGUCGGAUUUUAUCUGGGUUUGUGGAAAUGGGGUUAAUUUUGGACGCUUUGAUCGAAAUCAUGAGCAAGCCGAGCUUGGGGAGCGUUUUCAUGGAGCUGGCCCCUCUAAUGGCCCCGCUGGGGAUCGCCGUGCUCGUCGGGGUGUUCCUCGGGUGGGCAUGGAGGCCGAGAUGGGCGGCGGAGAUCGCGAGCGAGGAGAAGGGCGAUGUCGGUGGCCGCGGCGAAGCUUCUUCUGCUGCAAAGGAGACGCCUUUGCCGAGCGUGGACUCGGUAAACAAUAAGACUCUUGUUGCAGGAAGUAGUCAAGUGAUGGAGAAUGAGAAAUUGGUAGUAGAUGAGGAGGAUUCACAACACCUUUUCCGAUUAGUCGAGGAGAGAGAUGGCGGGCCCGUGUGGCACAAGAUGAUGGACAAGUCCUUGCCGAGGAUGGGCUACCAAGCUUGGCGGAGAGACCCCGAGAACGGUCCUCCGCAGUAUAGAAGUAGUACUGUGUUUGAGGAUGCUACGCCGGAAAUUGUGAGGGAUUUCUUUUGGGAUGAUGAGUUUAGAACCAAGAAUGGGUGGGAUGAUAUGCUUCUCUACCAUGAGACAUUGGAGGAGUGCCCGAGAACGGGGACAAUGGUAGUUCAUUGGGUUCGAAAGUUCCCUUUUUUCUGCAGUGAUAGGGAGUAUAUCAUUGGACGGAGGAUAUGGGAGUCGGAAAGAACAUAUUACUGUGUAACAAAGGGCGUACCCAAUUCCACCAUUCCGCGCCGGAACAAGCCGAGGCGUGUAGACUUGUACUAUUCUAGCUGGUGCAUUCGCGCAGUCGAGUCAAGAAGAGGGGACGGGCAGAAGACGGCAUGCGAGGUGCUUCUGUUCCACCACGAGGACAUGGGCAUCCCAUGGGAGAUUGCGAAGCUCGGCGUCCGCCAGGGCAUGUGGGGUUGCGUCAGGCGGAUCGAGCCUGGACUCCGCGCCUACCAGGCCGCCUGUGCUUCGGGCGAGCCGAUCUCGCGCUGCGCUUUCAUGGCACAGGUCAACACGAAGUUCGACUCCAAAUCCAUGGACCUCGAAUCCUCGCAAGAAACCACAAGCCAAUCCGGUGACAUCAUAGAAGCCAAGAAGCCGAAGCACUGGGCAGGGAACAUUCCCAAGUUCAUAUUGAUCGGCGGGGCUGUGGCCCUUGCGUGUAACCUCGACCACGGCCUUGUGACCAAGGCGGUGAUUUUCGGGGUCGCGAGGAGGUUUGCGAACAUAGGGAGGAGAUUGUGAUGAGAUUGAUGAGAGAGAAAAUUGUUUUCUUUGCUAGUAUAGUUUCUACCAUGGUAGAUAUCUAAAUCCAGUAUCUCGGUGAUUUGUUCAGAUGAAUUUACAGAAAAGCUAAAAAAGUAGAUGAAAACUGAUACAUGUGAGGUUAGGAUUUAGGAAAGGAAAGAAGUGAUCAAUUGUUUUGUAAGUGGUAUCCCAUUUCAAGAAAAAAAAUCACAAAUAUAGUGCUGUUGUAUGUAACCUAUCCAAAAAAUAAUAAUAAUUUGGGCUUAGAUCCUAUGUGGGCCAAACCAAGAACAGUGAAUUUUUUUUUUUUUUUUUUCCCUUCCUUUUUAUCAGUUUUCCUCACCUCUGUGAGGAAAACUGUUCUCAUUAUAGGUUUGUUGUAGCAGUUAUCCUCAGAUUAAUCCCCAGCAAGCAUAUUGUAUUAACAACA